UUUCAUGCUCACUACCUUUUCACAUUUGGUUACAGAUCACAACCCUCAGCUUUUUGACUUCCUCCAGAUACAGUCACGAAGAGCCUCUUUGACUCCUUCACUCAUCCUCCCUCCUUUCAAUCACUACAGUCUUUAUCCUGACUCAGGGCAGCUAAACAGCAGUAUGGGACAGAUGACCAGCCGUUACUUCACACUACUCUUCCUCCUCCCCCUCCUCCUCCUCGUCGUGUCCCUCUGCUGGGGUCAGAGGUCAGAGCCAGGCAGAGAGAGGUCAUCCUGUGAUCGCUGUGACCUGCCGUCCUGUGACUGCUCCUACGGUGGAUUCACGAGUGUUCCUGUGGUAUCAGAGCUCGCCUUGACUCUUGAUCUUUCUUUUAACAACAUCAGCGAGGUGACGGAGGAGGAUCUGACGGGUCACGUUAGACUGAGGACUCUGAGUCUGCACGGUAACAGACUAGCUGUGAUCCACCCAGCGUUUGAUUCUCUUUGGAGCCUGGAGAACCUGGACCUGUCUAACAAUCAGCUGACUGCUCUCCACCACAAAUGGUUCAGGAAGCUUGGAGCUCUGCAGCAACUCAACCUGCUCAACAACCCGUACAGGAGUCUCGGUUCUCCUUCGAUGUUUCAGAGUCUGGUCAGACUGAGGAGGCUUCAGUUUGGAGGUCCGUCUCUGGAGGAGCUGAAGAGAGGAGAGCUGUCGGGGGUCACAGAGCUCGAGGAGCUCACCGUGCAUGCCAACAACCUUGAAAGGUACGAGUCUGGGACUCUGGCAGACAUAUGGCCGCUGGGUCGUGUGACUUUAAGUCUCCACAGCCCGUUUUUAAUAAACAAAGCCUUGGCCUCGGCUGUCCUCGCCGACGUAUCGUACCCAAACACACCUCUGGUUCUACAGGACAUACAUCUGAUUACAAAGGAUUCUGUGCUGUCUCUGAAAGAGUCCGCCAAGAGGAGAAUCAGGAACCUUACCUUCCGAAACCUGACUACAUCAGAUGAAGCAGUUAUUGACUUCCUGAUGCUGAUGGAUGGAGUGCCGCUCACCUUCUCCUCAUUAGAGGGCGCCACACUGACAGGCGAGGGCAGGUGGGAGCCAGCCAGAAGGACGGACUAUAAAGCCAUGGAUGAGUUCUACCUGAUAAACCUGGUGGUGCUGGAUGUCUAUAAGUUUGUGUCGUUGCUGCAGCUCUGGUUUCUGCUGCGCUACCCAAGGAAGGUGACGGUCAUACACUCUCAGGUGUUUGUGAUGCCCUGCCUCACGUCCCACCUGCUGGUGAACCUGCAGUACCUGGACAUGUCCGACAACCUGCUGACCGACAUGACUCUGAGGGAGACUCUGUGCAGAGGAGACGGCACACUGAAGAACCUGAGAGUUUUAAACAUCAGUGGAAACGCUCUGAAGUCUUUGUCCAUGAUGAGCCAGCUGGUAGAGAACUACAAACUGACCCACCUGGACAUCAGCAGGAACGGAUACACCUCCAUGCCCCAGGGUUGUUCGUGGCCCCACACCCUGAGACACCUCAACAUCUCCAGGGCUAAACUUUCAGCCGUCACCCAGUGUCUGCCCACAACUCUGGAGGUGUUGGAUCUGAGCAACAAUGAUCUGAAAAGCUUCCUCCUGUUCCUGCCCGCCCUGAGAGAGCUCCACCUCUCUGGGAACAAGUUUCUGAGUCUGCCCCAUGGAUGGCUGUUCCCCAAUCUGCAAACACUGAUGAUACAGUCAAACACCUUGAACAUGUUCGGGCGUUCAGACCUCCAGUCCUACAGACGACCGAGCCUCCAGGCGGGUCAGAACAAGUUUGUCUGCUCUUGUGACUUUGUCCACUUUCUUCAGUCUGUUAUUAAAGACACUGCAGAUGUUCAAAUAACAGAUAGAGAGGAGAGCUACGUCUGCUCUCCUCUUGAGCUCCAGGGGGAGGUGGUCGGUCGAGUCGGCCUCUCCUAUGUGGAGUGCCAUCAGGAUUUGGUUGUGUCCCUGAGCUGUGGAGUGGCGCUGUGUGUUGCCCUUCUGGUGUGUGUCCUGCUCUGGCGCUGUCAUGCUUUCUGGUACCUGAAGAUGAUCUGGGCGUGGCUUAAGGCCAAGCGUAGCUCCAAGAGGAGGCGGAGAAGAGAUAGAGUGGGUUCAGAAGCACUGCUGCCCUAUGAUGCCUUUGUGUCCUACAGUGAGAGGGACGCUAGCUGGGUGGAGAACUUCCUCAUACCUGAACUGGAGGAGCCGAGUGAGAGCAGGGAGGACUCCAUGAACGCCAGGAGUCCCAGACCUCUGACCCUGUGCCUCCAAAGAGACUUUCUCCCCGGGCACUGGAUCAUGGACAACAUCAUGAGCGCCAUUGAGAGCAGCCGGACCAUCUUCAUCCUCUCUGAGAACUUCGUCCAGUCCGACUGGUGCCGCUACGAGCUGGACUUCUCCUUCUGGCUCUUCGAUGGGAGCGCCGGCCAAGAGUCGGCCAUCUUGAUCCUGUUGGAGCCGCUGUCCCAGGACGACAUCCCCAAACGCUUCUGCAAACUGCGCAAACUCAUGAGCUCCACCACCUACCUGGAGUGGCCUCAGGAGGAGGAGAGGUACGGGGAGUUCUGGAAGAGACUCCACAAGGCUUUGAGAGCGAAGAAGAAGAAGAUGAUGACUGAGCAGAAAGAUAGAAUGAGGAACAGAGAGAGGAGGAGGAGAAGUCACAAAAGGGAGUGGAAAAUGAAGGACAUUGCUUCUUCCUCUACCCAGACAAAAGGUUACUGGUGUUUCAGCCCUUGGUAA